AUAAAUACUGCCACACAAGCUUAAUCUCCAAACCUUCCUCUGCACCGUAUCUUUCUAUCUCUCUCUCAAACCAAAUUCUUUGACAUUCCAAUGGAUGAAUACGAACAAAACUCAAUGUUCCCCACUAACGAUGAAGACUCCGAUGUACGGAAAGGUCCUUGGACCGAGGAAGAAGAUGCCAUCCUCCUCAACCAUGUAUCCGUUCACGGCGAAGGUCGUUGGAACAACAUCGCUCGCUCCUCCGGGCUCAAGAGGACUGGAAAGAGUUGCAGGCUGAGAUGGCUAAACUAUUUACGUCCAGAUGUCCGACGAGGAAACAUAACUCUUGAAGAACAGUUUCUGAUCCUCAAACUCCAUUCUCUCUGGGGAAACAGGUGGUCGAAGAUUGCCCAGUAUUUGCCCGGAAGAACAGACAACGAAAUCAAGAAUUAUUGGAGAACUCGAGUUCAGAAACAAGCCAAACACCUCAACUGCGAAGUUAACAGCAACCUCUUCAAGGAGACAAUGAGAAAUAUCUGGAUGCCCAGGUUACUCGAGCGAAUCCACGCCCAGUCAUCGGCUUCCACGUGCCAAACCGGAGAAUCCGCACUCACCGAACCGGGUCAGCUCGAUUUCGCCCCGACCGGGCCGGUUCUGGACCAAUUCGUGGACCCAAACCAACAGUUCACGGCGUCGAACUCGCCGGAGACGCAGAUCUCGACAUUUUCCGACCAGGGUCAGGCGAACGGGUCGGGAUAUUGCCCGAUUCAAUCAGGUUUUGAUGGAUUCGAUGAUUGGAGCAGCGGUGGGGACGGAAUGGAGACAUUGUUGAACGACGUGGACAGUUAUUGGAACAUUCAGGACCAGUUCUGCAGCGAGACAUCGUAUUCAUACAAUUAAAUCUAGUGUUGAAGAAAGAGCGUUUACGAAGAAUUCAAUUGCGUCACGUCUGGUGUAACCAUUCGUGCGUAUAUCUUGCGUGAUGCCAUUUUAGAUACGGCUUGGCAUACGAAACUUGACUUCAUGUCUCCUUCUUUUUCUUUUGUCUGAUUAUGGGCCGUUCAUCACGCAGGGACAUUUAUAUGUGAAUUAUCAAAUUCAACGUACUUUUAAUUAA